UCUCGAUUGAAACAAAUACCGAGGGAGCCCGAUACAAGAAGUUUGACAUCUCAGAUUCUGAGGGAGCCCAAUCUAACCCUUUAACUUCUUCACCUAUUUCAGAAUCCGAACCUCGAGCAAUUACUUUUGACGACCCGCACGUUUCCGAAGGAGCGCAAACAUAUGAUCCAGAGGUUGAAAUCGUACGACGAAAACAACACCGAUUGUUCAUGUUGCAUGAAAAAUACGGACACCUUGGUUUUGCCAAACUCAAUCUCAUGGCUAGGGCUGGUUUAAUACCUCGAGAAUUAGCAAACGUGGAUGCUCCGACAUGCCCCGGAUGCGCUUAUGGAAAAGCUCAUCGCAAACCAUGGCGAUACAAAGGAACCAACAAACGGCAAAUCAAACCUGCAACUCAUCCAGGACAGGUCAUCAGUGUUGAUCAACUUGCAAGCCCAACACCAGGAUUUGUUCCAACUCAUCGAGGAACUCCUACCACUAUGAGAUACACUGGGGCGACAGUUUUUGUCGACCACUUCAGUGACUUCACCUACAUCCACCUUAUGACGGAAAUGAAUGCGGAAACUACGGUAUUAGCAAAACUAGCGUUCGAACGUGAAUGUGCAACACAUGGAGUUCCUGUAAGACACUAUCAUGCAGACAACGGUUUGUUUGAUACUAAACUAUUUCGAAGUUCAGUUGAAAAGGCUGGGCAAGGCUUAACUUUCUGCGGAGUGAAUGCUCACCAUCAAAAUGGAAAGGCUGAAAGGAGAAUCAAAGAUGUAACUGAGGGAGCUCGAACUGCCUUGAUUCAUGCUGCUCACCGAUGGCCUGAUGCAAUUCACGCCUCACUUUGGCCUGCCGCUCUGAAACAUUACGUCAAUCUCAAAAAUGCAUUACCUACCAAAUUCUCAUCCGAGAUCAAAGUGAAUGGUCGGAAGCAACUGGCCAAGUACGAGGAAUCUCCGAUCUCAAAGAUGUCCCAAGUGGAAGUCGAACCAAACCUGGAACACUUCCAUCCCUUUGGAUCUCCUGUUUAUGUGCUUUCUGACAAUUUGCAAGCCCUAAAAUCUCACAACAAGUGGACUGAUCGCACUCGAGUCGGUAUCUUUUUAUGCCACUCACCAAAUCAUGCAUCCAGCGUACCAUUAGUAUUGAACACCAAAACAGGUUUCGUCUCACCGCAAUUUCAUUGCAUUUACGAUGACGGAUUUGACACCUGUAAACGAGAUGUUCAUUUCACAUCCGCAUGGCAGCGUAAAGCUCAAUUGCAUCUCGAUGAACAAAAGAAACCAAAAACUC